AUGGAGAAAAAAACAGAGGCAGAGCAGAAGACUAUUGACAGUCUUCAAGCCAAUUGGGUCUGGGUUUCUGAUUGGGCUGAUUCGUCUCCAAUCAAUACAGCAGGGCGGCUGGUAAGAUUCACCAGAAAGUUCAACCUGAGCUCUUCUGCUAGUCGAGCUCUCUUGCAUUUCUCCGCCGAUACGAGAUACAAACUCUUUGUCAAUGGAGAACAUGUGGCUACCGGACCCUCCAGAGGAAGUCCAUUAAUAUGGUACUAUGACACUUUAGAUAUCGCAAACUACCUUCAAGCUGGGGAUAAUGAGAUCACAUUCGUUGUGCUUCGGUACUUUGCCUCAUCUCGAGGGGCUAUGCCGUUUGAAAGAACACCCAUGCCGGGAUUCACUAUCAUCGGCAGUGUCGAGACAGCCACGGAGACUGUGAAUCUGGAAGCUCGGAAAUCCUGGGAAGCUUUGGUGGACGAAAGUGUGGAAUUUCCAAUGGGACUAGUGGAUGACGUCUUUCUUCAUAUCAGUGAGCGCAUCAAACCGGUCGCCCCUAUCACACCCACGACGCCAAUUCCAUAUAAUAUCAAAUCUGUCAACGGAGAACUUCCACCAUGGCGUUUACGUUCUCGCUGCAUUCCACCACCCGAGAUGACCGACAUGACGAUGAACAUCGUCAAAUUCUGCGAAAGCGAUAUCGGAACUGAAGAUUGGACAUCUUUCUUCUCCCACAAACGCUCUCUUACACUGUCACCCCGAUCCCGUCAUGUUCUCGAGCUGCAGGCAGAUGUCCAUGCAACUGCUUUUCUACGAUGGGUGUUCAACACAGUCGACAAGCCAUCUGAAAUUAGGCUUCGAACUACCUACUCCGAAGGAUACGAGCUGGAGCCUCGCUCAUAUCCCUUCUUUCGAUCCAAGGCCGAUCGACUGGAUGCAUCCACAGGGCACAUUCUGGGACCAUAUGACGAUGUAACACUCGAGGUACACCACACAGAAUCUACGGUCUAUGAGCCCUUUUGGUUUCGUACGUUCCGGAUCCUACGACUUGAAGUAUCCGUUGGAACGGAGGCAGUUCUACUGUCAUCAUUCAAGGGGACUCAAGUCAACUAUCCGUUGGAUGUUAAGGCUAGCUGGAGCAAUCCGGGCGAUCCAACCAGUAAAGGGAUUUGGGAUGUCUCUAUUCGAACCUUGCGAAACUGCAUGUUUGAUGGCUACUCUGACUGCCCCUUCUACGAGCAACUCCAGUAUUCUGGUGACAGUCGCUCUGUUGGUCUGUUCCACUAUCUUCUCUCAGGUGAUGACAGAUUGAUGCGACAGGCAAUCACAAACUUUGGGGCUUCCAUCACACCUGAAGGACUUACCCAAUCUCGAUUCCCAUCACACGUUCCGCAGAUCGUCGCUGGAUUUUCCCUUUAUUGGAUUCUGCAAAUUUGCGACCACCAUCUUUUCUUCGGAGAUACCCGAUACUCCCGGUCAUUUUUACCUCGCAUUGAUGGGGUUCUCGAUUUCUUCGACUCCCAUGUAGACGAGCUUGGUUUGGUCAGCGGGAUGCCCGAUGAUGUAUGGCAAUACGUUGACUGGGUUACAACAUGGGGUGCGACCGAUGAUCAUCCUGAUAAGGGGGUACCGACAUCAGGUCGCAAGUCGAACAGACAUACCUACUUCAGCAUGCUUUAUGCAUACGUACUCAUGCAGGCCGCCCGGCUUGUUCGGGGUGUAGGUCGACCAGGAAAUGCAGCUGAAUACGAGUCGCGUGCGGAGUCUAUUCUGCAGGCGAUCAGAAAGCACUGUUAUGAUGGGCAGUACUUUACCGACUCAACAGCAGAUGUGGCGGAUGAUGGGUCUUAUUCCCAGCACUGUCAAGUUUUUGCUGUCCUGUCAGGCGCAGCUCAACCAUCUGAAAUUGAGCGGCUCCUUCUCACGUCAUUCAACGAUCCCAAAUUUUCCAAAUGCUCGUAUAUGAUGCGGUUUUACGCUCUUCGGGCACUCGCAAUGACAGAAGGAAGUGCAUACGAGGAACUUUGGGAUACUAUGUGGGCACCAUGGAGGCAAAUGCUCGCGAAUAAUUUAACUACAUGGGAGGAGGACGACGUCCGACAACGCUCUGAUUGUCACGCUUGGGGAAGUGUUCCAAUCUAUGAGUACUGCACAGAAGUUGCUGGUGUUUCACCUCUCGAGCCUGGAUGCUCCAAGAUAUUAUUCAAGCCUCGUCUCAGCCUCGGUCCGGCUAUUGAGGCUAAGGUUCCAUUGGGUCGUGAUAAUUUGGCAUCAGUCUCAUGGGCUGCUGACGAUGAAAAGAACAUUAGAGUGCGACUUCAGUUGUCCAAGGCUAUUUUGGUUGUCAGUCAGUUACCAGGAGGGGAAAUUGAAAGAUCAUGGUGUCAUAGAUAA